AUGAACCUAUUGGCAGACACUGAUGUAGUUUGUUGCACCCAACUGCUUGAAUCCUUCAGGAAAUCAAACACUCCUCCAGAACAAAUGCGCUCACUGACCCUUGAGACAAUCAAUAUCAACUAUCCUGAAGAUAAUUGGCUCCAAGUCUUCACUGAUGGGCCAUUUAUAGAAAACCAAGCAAAUGUUAGUGCAGGUGUCUACUCAGAACUCUACUCUUUCAACGCAGUAGCGGGACACAAUAGAUCCGCUUUCGAGGGAGAAAAGGAGGCCAUUAGGUAA